AUGGAAAGUAUGGAUGUUGCACAAGAAGGAGCUUCAGCAGCAACCACACCAGUUAUCGAAAAUGGACCAGAUAAAAACGUCGCCGCGGAAGAGAUGACGUCGAGAGACUACUAUUUUGACUCUUACGCGCAUUUCGGUAUCCACGAGGAGAUGCUCAAAGAUGAAGUCCGCACCCUUACCUACCGAAACGCCAUGUAUCAUAAUAAGCACUUAUUUAAAGGAAAAACAGUCUUAGACAUAGGCUGUGGGACAGGCAUCCUGUCAAUGUUUGCAGCGAAGGCAGGUGCUGCUAAAGUGAUAGCUGUUGAGUGCUCCAAUAUUGUGGAUUAUGCUAGGAAAAUUGUUGAAGCUAAUAGACUUGAUGACAUCAUAGAAAUUGUUAAAGGAAAGGUAGAAGAAGUUGAGUUGCCCGUGGACAAAGUAGACAUUAUCAUAUCUGAAUGGAUGGGUUAUUGUUUGUUCUAUGAGAGUAUGUUGGAUACUGUGCUUUACGCUCGGGACAAGUGGCUCAAGCCUGAUGGCAUGCUCUUCCCAGACAGAUGCACAUUGUUCAUAUGCGGCAUUGAAGACCGUCAGUAUAAGGAUGAGAAGAUCAACUGGUGGGAUGAUGUAUAUGGUUUCGACAUGUCUUCCAUUAGGAAGGUCGCCAUCUCGGAACCUCUAGUUGAUGUUGUUGAUGCUAAACAGGUGGUAACAAAUUCGUGUUUGCUGAAAGAAAUUGAUUUAUAUACUGUUAAGAAAGAAGAUCUCAACUUUGAAUCCAAGUUCCAUCUUCAGGUCCGCCGCAAUGACUUCAUACAAGCUUUGGUGACAUUCUUCAAUGUGGAGUUCACUAAGUCUCACAAGAGACUCGGUUUCAGCACUGCUCCUGAAGCGCCCUACACUCAUUGGAAGCAGACUGUCUUUUACUUUGACGAGUAUAUGACAGUCAAAAAAGGCGAGGAAAUUACGGGCACCUUCUCCAUGAAACAGAAUGAGCGCAACAACCGUGACCUUGAUUUUGAGCUGGAAAUCGAAUUUAAGGGCGAGUUGUGCCAAGUUAAGGAGAAGAAUCACUAUCGGAUGCGUUGA